AUGUCUCUAUACGGCCAAGCAGCUCAGCCGUUACACAUCAUCCGCAUCCGCAGCAUCCUCUUCAUCAGCCGCACGAUUGGCGCAUUCCGCCGCACGACGUCCUAUCUCGUAAGCCUCCGCGAGCUAUACCCACCCUUCCUUGCCAUCUUCUCGGUGCACCUCCUCUUCUGGAUAUUCUUGCUGUCUAUCGGCGAGAUGCAACGGUAA